UUUCGUGGUGUUCAUUCCGAGAGUUAGAAGAGUAUUAGUAAGAAAUAUGAAGUUGCUUCAAUUGGGUUUGUUGCUUCUGGGGACAUUUGUAGGCUUUGGGUUUUGCUCAGGUCCAAAUAAUAUUGGUCGGGGUAUUAACGGUGGGGUACCAUGUGCGGCGUGCACUAUCCUUGUGUCCAUGGCCAAACAAUUGGCUCAGAUUCACCACGAAAGUGUUCUCGAUUCCUUGGACAGGUUGUGCGGUUUCUUCCCCCAAUCCGUCCAAUCUUCAUGUGAUGACCUGCUGAAAUUCUUGGGGCCCUUCCUGCUCAAAGAGCUCACGGCAAAAACCUCACCAGAUGUCUUAUGUUAUCAAUUGCAAAUCUGUCACGUAGAUCCGGGCAAGUCGAUGUGUCACUUGUUUCCACUUCCAAUGGACUUGAAUAGCAUCAAUUCUGCGAGCAUCAAACGCAUCGAUGUACCGGAAUCCUACCAAAGGAAUAUCAAUGGGGAUCCUUGGUUUUGUUAUGUUCCAGGGGUACGGCAGCUUUGCGAUAUCAUUGACAAUGUGUACGGAAAGCUCACCCCGGGUCUGGACCUAGAUCAUGACAGAUUUAGCCCUAUAGAAAAGUUCCGUGGUUCACUUUGGCGGGGAAGGGAUUGCUCAGACUUUCGAUCUGAUGUCCAUCCGGGCCGAAGAUCCAUUCAAGAGGAUUUAUUUUUUGAUUCAAAUUGCAAUGGGAUCUUUGGCGCCAAUCACAACACGAGUAUUGGAUAUGAGGAAGAGUUAUGUGGUGGCACGGGCCAAAGAGGCGUGAUAUAUAUUGGAGACUCGGUUGGAGCCCAUUUCCACGCCCCACCCCCAUGGUUCACCCCGAAAUUGCUCUCGGAAAGAGUUUUAACCAAUUUGACGUCAGUGCUUUCCAACGAGUUUGAUUGGCCGGAUCUUGGUUUUGCAACCGGCUUCCAGAACUCAUCCAUGCCUGACUUAAUUCAAGGACAAGUAGAUUCAAUUUAUCUCCGAAUGCGGGAAAGGAACCUGUGUAACCAUCGUGAUUACCAGAACUUAGCCAGAAAUGGAGCUGAGAGCAACAACACCCUCAUGUACAUGAAGAGCAUUUCUCGAGAUCCAACUCAGGAUCAUCCAGCCAUUGUAUUCUACUCCCUGGUGGGAAAUGACGUUUGCAAUGAAUAUCACGACACUCUGACUCACAUGACUUCACCGGAGCUUUUCUAUGAAAAUACGAUCACAGGUUUACGAUAUUUGGAGGCCCAUUUGCCUCCAAAUAGCCAUGUGAUCCUGAUCGGGCUCGUUGAUGCUAACGUUAUCUACGACGCUAUGGCGCAAAGGUUUCACCCCUUGGGCCAAUAUAAUCGGGACCUAACCAAUGACGACCUUUAUGCUUGGUUCAAUUGCAUGGAGAUUGGCCCUUGCCACGGUUGGAUGACAUCCAAUGUCACGGUCAGACUUGCGACCACGGAAAGAGCCAAGAAAUUGAACCAGGUGCUCCAGAAAGUGGCCAAAACUGAGAAAUUCACAAAUUUUGAUGUCCACUACAUCAGCAACCCGUUCCGGAUUGUCAUGAAGGAAUGGGUAGCGGGUGGAGGCCAAUUGUGGCAACUAAUUGAACCGGUUGAUAGCUUUCACCCCACCCAAGGUGCCCAACCACUCAUCGCCGAAGCCUUGUGGCGAACCUUGGAAAAGCGACUCCCCCAUGUCCUUGGGCCCGUCAAUCCCAAUAAUCCAAUUAUUAGAAGACUUUUUGGUUGGCAAGGAGGUCAUUGAAACCGAUCAGAAAUGGACAAUGACCAAGCGAGUCGCUUGGACGAGACCACUCUUUGAUACCCCCAUUUGUACCGUAAUGUGUUUUGAAGGCAAAUAAACUGCUGAGUAAA